GCAUGACUCGGGUCGACACAUAUAUGCGGUCGUUUGCCUGAGCUGCGUAACGAGCAAUGCGCAAAGACCUACAGGAGCGAAAACGCUCCGACUAUGGCUUCUUCUUAUCAUACCGUACCCGCUGGAGCGACAACGACCAAUACGCCCAUGUCAACAACUCCAUCUACUACCACCUCUUCGACUCGAUCAUCAACACCUACCUCAUCACCCACUGUCAGCUCUCCCCCACCCACUCUUCCCUCAUAGGCCUCGUCAUCUCCUCCUUCUCCGAAUUCUUCUCGCCGAUAUCCUUCCCCGCGAUAGUAGACCUCGGUCUCCGCGUGAACAAGCUCGGGACGAGCUCCGUCACGUACGAAGUCGGCGUCUUCGAGGAGGGAAAAGACUCGCCUAGUGCCGUCGGUGGAUACACGCAUGUGUUUGUGGACAAUCAGAGCAGGAAGAGCACCCCUAUAAUCCCAGAGACUCGGGAGGGUCUUUCAAAGCUAUGUUCGUCCCCACCUGUCCCUGCUAAGCUCUAAUGGCUACAUACCCCCUUUCUUGUCCACUCGCAUACCUAUCUAGCCUCGCACCUCAUUUGCUACAGGUGUACGUACGUUCCUUUGCGACCGAC